AUGUGGAAAUCAUCGGACAAUAUCUUCGAUAUCCCAACGUCCGUCCACAUCUUCCUGACAGAAGAAGAAAAAGAUGGGAAGGGACGGAUGGCUCAGGGUUGGGCGGGCUUUUCUGAGGAAGAGCUGAAGAGACUGAAGCAGACUAAAGAUCCAUUUGAAUCACAGCGGCGUCGCCCCAUGAACAAAAGUCGACAGCAACUUCAGCGAGAAAAAGCCCUUCAAGAACAAAGCCAAAAACUUGGACUUCAAGAUGGAUCAACCUCAUUACCUCCAGAACAGUUGCUUUCUGCAACAACUCAGAGAUUUAAUACUCAAAAACCACAUCCCUCUCUUCCUGUUCCUCCUGUUACACCCCUCUCUCCUACUGAGGAUGGAAAACAACAGGGGGCCAAAAGUCAGCCAAGGGAAGUGGUGUUUGAAAAUUCCCAUGAUGGGAACCUCAACAAAAAAGUUGAGGUUCUACCUCCAAAGCCAGAUUGCAAAUUGGAGAAAAAGAAAAUGGAAUUGCAAGAAAAAUCUCGUUGGGAAGUUCUCCAACAAGAACAACGGCUAAUGGAAGAGAAAAAUAAACGUAAAAAAGCUCUUUUGGCCAAAGCUAUUGCGGAAAGGUCUAAAAGAACACAGGCAGAGACCAUAAAACUAAAGCGGAUCCAGAAGGAGUUACAAGCUUUAGAUGACAUGGUGUCAGCUGACAUUGGAAUCCUCAGGAACCGGAUUGAUCAAGCCAGCCUAGACUAUUCAUAUGCCCAGAAGCGUUAUGACAAGGCUGAAGCAGAAUAUGUUAUAGCAUAGCCAGAUCUGCAGUGCAAGACUGAAAUUAAAGAGCAACUCACUGAGCAUCUUUGUACAAUCAUCCAACAAAAUGAGCUCCGUAAGGCCAAAAAGUUGGAGGAAUUGAUGCAACAGCUGGAUGUACAAGCUGAUGAGGAGGCUUUGGAACUUGAAGUUGAGGUGGAAAGAUUGCUACAGGAACAAGAAACAGAAUCAGGAAAACAAAUGGCUUCUUCAGAGGGGCCAAGUCAGCCUUCUGGGGACAGGGUGACUUUAGGAAUUUCUAAAGAAGAUACAAAGCAUCAAGAAAGAACUUCUUCCCCAAAGGUAGAUGAACAAUGUGAAAAUUCGAGUAGCAGCUCCUUUCUUAGUUCAAAGUGCCCAAAUCAAGACAUUAAAACACCUGUAAGUGACAUUUCAGCUUUUCUGCCCACAUGA